AAGAAGUUACAGAUAAACUUCAUAACGCUAAGUACUGGAAAAGGCCACUCUCAGAGUGGAACUUAAAUACUUAUGAGCAGUUUUACGCCGAACAACAUCCAAAGGAGUCGAAAGAAUCAUUCCGUCGUGUUCUUGGAAAAGAGAUAGAAGUGCUGAAAAAACACUUGAAGCGAAAUUCAAAAGAAGGUCUAAAGUUAUCGGAUUUAAAAAGUCAAUUAAAGGUUAGUAUCUUUAUACGUUUUCAGGAAUGUAGAGAUAUUGACGAGAAUAGCAAAGAUGUGCUACGCUCUGGUCUGCUGAUUUUGGAGGAGAAAUCGGCUAUGUGCCUUCCUUAUGGUAGAUCUUUACUCACACACACUGUUCAAGGCACAAGAAAAGAAAACUUUCCGCCAAAAAGAAGUAAUGUCGUUAUUGAAGAGGCAGAAGGAGAGAGGGCAUCAAAAAGAAAACGAACUCAUUGUCAGUCUUGUAAUGUUUUUGAUAAGAACGAAAUUAUUAAGAAUAUGCUACAAGAGUCAAAGAACGAGUGGUUAGUGUGUAAUAUAAAUGUUACAAAAAAAUUCCAUGAAUAUCAGCAAAAAGCUCUUGAAAAACUUCAUUCAACCGGAUUAACCUGGCACGACACAUACGAAAUCUUGGCGCUCUCAUCAAUAAUGGUGCUUGACCAAUGUUGCCCCUAUUCAAAUUUCACAAAUGAAGAAUGGCAGAUGAUAAUCGAAACGAACCCAUAUACAAUACGCGAGCCAGUAUUAUCAACCCCAGUGUCCAAUGCUUUUCAUGAAGCCGUUAUCAAACACCUGUCAGGCCAAGACAGUUACAUGCAUCCGGAUGAAACUCUGCUGAGUAGAGCUUCCUCAAGAACUUUCAAUGAGCUACGAGAAAAUGUGCCCAAUAUCGCGCCUAGGACUAUGUCUGAACAAGAACAUUGCUCAAAGUUCCUCCAUCCAUUUAUAAAUCCGAUCUUCUUAAGAAGAAAUAAAGAUUAUGAAGUACGGUUGGAUCGCUCAGUAAAAGGAACCAAACUAAGACCGGAUCUUUCCUGCACCGUAGAUGGGAUCUCUGUGUUAAAUUCUGAAAUAAAACCGUUGGGUUGUGGUCCUUUAAAUCAAAAAAAGGAUAUUGUAAAAUCCCAUCUACAGGCAGGAAAGACCAUAAAUCAAUUUUUAUCCUUAAAAGGCGGCCCAGAAGAAUCGGCAAUAUUUCUUAAUUGUGGUGAUAUCGUCCAAACAUAUAUCAUGGACUUGCAAUACGAUGGAAUAUAUCGAUCAUGGGCGUACCUCAAAUCGAAAUUGGUGAUAGAUGAACUAAGCUUACCCUUGGUCGAGUCAAAUUUUGCUCAUUUUGUAGCCUUAGAGGGAGCCAAUCACACUGCAUCAACAAAUUCAUUAUGUGCGCAAUAUUCCAGAUUUUUAUCAGAUCAAGGAUAUUGUAGGGUUUGUUUAGAAUUUCUAGCUUGUAAUCGUACCCAAAAUACUGCAUGUACAAUUUACUAA